AUGCUUCAAAAUAUUAGUGAAAAUAUUUUUUCAUGUUGUAUAUUUAGUAAUUCAAUAAAUUCUAGCGAUGAAAAUGACUAUGGACCGCUUAUAUUAUUGAGACCAAAUACAUCCAUACGAUAUUAUUCAAGCGAUUUGAGACGUCGUAUUAAUACAGAAUCUUUAUCUUUACUACCAUACUAUCAUACAUCACUAAUCUCUGAAAAUUCAAAUAUAAUUAAAGAUAAUAGUACAAUGAUUUUCAACAUACCUGAAAGCCAAAAGAAUCAGUUAACAAAUUUUACAUUUCUUCUAUAUAGAGGGGUUAUUUUGAAACAAAUCUUGGAUUUAUACAGGAAUGAAACACGUGAUAUUGCUUUAUACCUUUCUAAAGAUCUUAAAUAUCUCAAACUAGAUAAUUUCAGUGGUGUAAUUCUUGAAAUAUCUCUAAGAUCUAUUAUUGACAUAAGAUAUAAUAUAAUAUCAAGUGAGAAUAGAUCUUAUUUCUCAAAAAUUUCACAUGUUGAGAGUGGUUAUGAACCAGUAAGUAAUGAUAAUAAUAGCACAAACUUUACUAUACUAAUUGAUGUAGGUAAUAAAUCAAGAUCAGUACUAAUAACUUUUAAUCAGGAAGAUAGUGCAAUCUCUUUCUACAAUAAUAUAAAGCUAUUAGUUCAAAACUCACAGAAAAAAAAAAAAAUAAUAUCUAGUCAAUACUAG